AACGCCUAUUAAAAUUGCGAUUCUCAAAUAAAAUAUCUUACACAAAAUAAUAAAAUAAAGACUGUAACGAACGUGUGAUUGUUUUACAUUGAACAUAAAUACAAAUACAACGAAACGCAGUUAAAAAAAACUUCAACUAGAAAACAGCUGAUCAAUGGGAUGACAUUGAAUUUUCCCGUGGUUUUCUUUCGUUUUCCUUCCUUGCAAAUCUAAAUUGUUGAAUAACAAGUUUCAUAAUAGACGAGGAAAAUGUCUAACGGUGUGGAGCUAUUUACUACCCGCAUGAGGAAGGCGACAAGGCAAAUACAUUCCAUGAGCGAUGCCUUGGUUAACGCGAAAUUUGCGCUUUCACUUAAUGAUGAGACAGUGUGGGGCGGGGGGCUAUUUAUAUUCUACCAUGUAUUUGCAUUCCUUGAAGAUGCCAAAGAGAGAUUGAACAUGCCAGACUUCAAUAAAAUGUUUGUUCAUAAAAUUCUUUACAGAAAAUCAGCAUUUGAAGAAGACCUCAACCACUACCUCGGUGAAAACUGGCAGGCGAUCCCGAAGUCCGAAGCUCUGGAGUUGUACCUCAAACACCUGCAAGAACUGGAGAAAGAGAAUCCGCAGUUGCUGAUGGCAUAUGCUUACCAUUUGUAUCUGGGGCUGCUGAGCGGUGGCCAGAUACUGGCUAGGAAGCGGAAGAUGUUUGGUGGUUCAAACUCCACAAAGGAGACACACAAAGACAAAGUAACUGAUUUUAGUGACGUUGAGAUUUCCCAAUUGAAGAAAGACUUCCGGCAAGUUAUGAAUGAGAUUGCUGACACAAUGACGGAGCAACAAAAGGAAGAGUUUAUCCAAGAGAGCAACCAAGUGUUCAUACUCAACAAUCUUAUUGUCAAUUCAGUCGGAGGACAGUACCGUGUGUUACGUCAUAUGUUGUAUAAAGUUGCUGCUUUUAGCGUGGUGGUAGUCGGUGCUAUAGUCGCUUAUAAAAUGUAUAAAUGAUAAAAGUAUUCUUUUUAUUGUUAGGAUUUUUGAGUGAAGGAGUUAGUCAAGUCAGAACAGCAUGGUUCUUUUUAGAAACUGAUCCUUUUUGUUGACUAUCAAUUUUGCACCAAAAUGCCAUUUUGUUUGUGAAUAAAUCUAUUAAAUUAUCAAGUAGAUUCUUAAAGGUGUACAAAAUCAACUAGAAUAUAAUCUUUUUUUAGAUAUGUCAUGUUUGUAGAAUGUAGAUACUUUGUGAUAUUGAUGCUAUUUUUUGUGAAUAUUAAAGACUGAGAUUAAC